GCACUCCUGUUUGGUGUCAAUGUUCUUUUGACACCUGUCAAUCUUCACCUGUCAUUUUUUCUACUUUAUCAAAAUUAAAAAUAUGUUUGUUGUUUUCUUGUUGUGAAGGUGUUUCAGAAUGAGUGCUAAAUUAUCGGAAGCUUCUUCUGGUGGCAUUGACAAUGCCCUAGACGACGAAGUUGUUCAAGACAUCCUCAACUCUUUCACCGACCUUCGACAAUACUCUAAAGAAAUCGAAAAAGAACUCAAAGAGGCUGAAGAUAAAUCAAUUCAGGACUAUAUCAAAGAAAGUGCAAACAUUGCAAGUCUUCACAAUCAAAUUUCAGCAUGUGACGAAAUUCUGGAACGGAUGGAGACAAUGUUAGUGGGGUUCCAGACUGAUUUAGGGAGUAUUAGUAGCGAGAUUUUGUCACUACAAAGAAAGUCGAUUUCUAUGAGUCAAGAAUUGAGUAAUAGGCAAGCGAUCAGGGGGCAGUUGAGCCAAUUUAUUGACGAUAUGGCUGUACCUGAAUCACUUAUUGUGGGUAUUAUGGAAAACCCAGUUACGGAUAAGGAAUUUCUAACUCAACUUCAAGUUCUCAAUCACAAAAUUAGCUUUGUAAAAGAGCAAAGUUUUAAAGAAUCAAAAUCGUGUCUUGAUGUUAAGGAUAUUUUAGAAAAACUAAAAAUUAAAGCCAUGUCAAAGAUUAGGACCUACUUGCUAGAACAAGUGUACAAGUUUAGAAAACCAAUGACGAAUUAUCAGGUGCCUCAAAACAACAUGUUGAAAUACAAAUUUUUCUUUGAGUUUAUUUUGUCAAAUGAGAGAAAUGUGGCACAAGAAAUUUGCAAUGAAUAUGUUGAUACAAUGAGUAAAAUUUAUUUCUCUUAUUUUAAAUCAUAUUCUGGAAGGAUUAUGAAAUUACAGUAUGAGGAGUGUACCACUAAGGAUGAUUUGAUGGGGAUUGAGGAUACGGCUACAAGGGGGCUUUUUAACAAAUCUCUCAAACACAAAGGGACUGUUUUUACAAUAGGAAAUAGAGGGGACGUUCUAGCCCAACAGCUGGAAGCCCCCAUAAUCGUGCCUCAUGCACAAUCAAAAAAUAGGUAUCCUUUUGAGGCUCUCUUCAGAAGUGAGCAAUACGCACUAGUUGACAACGCCUGUCGCGAGUAUUUAUUUGUGAGCGAAUUUUUCAUGGUCAGGGGGCAACCAGCAUUAGAUUUAUUUAAUCAAAUUAUGGGGAAAACAACCGGUCUUUUGAAGAAAAACUUGGAAACGUUUGUUUCUGAUUGUUACGACACCAUUGCGCUUUUUCUCUGUUUCCAUUUAAUUCUGCGCUACAAAAUUAUGUGUCACAAACGCUGCGUGCCGGCCCUGGAUGACUAUUGGGAUAAUUUGGAAAAAAUAAUAUUGACACGUUUUGAAUACGUGUUUCGGCUCAAUAUCGCCAGUAUCAGGGAUUGCGAUCCGACGAAGUUUAAUCUGGAAAUGGGGCCACACUAUAUUACGCGUCGUUAUGCCGAAUUUAGCGCCGCUUUGGUCGGAAUAAGCGAGAAUUUUCCGAACGAACUAGUCAAUCGUCUUUUGGCCGAACUGCAAGAAGAGGUCGAAUUGUUUAUUUUACGAAUGGCUGGGAUUUUCCCCGAGCGUAAAGAACAGCUCAUUUUUCUGAUAAAUAAUUACGAUAUGAUCCUGCAUGUCAUAAUGGAACGGACGAGGGAUAAUUCAAAGGAGGCUGAGACUUUCAAGAGUCGGCUUUCAUCAAGGAGUGGCGAAUACGUGGAAGAGAUUCUCAGUCCGCAUUUCGGGGAGUUGAUGCAAUACGUCAAGGAAUGCGAGUAUUUACUGGAAAAAGGAAAGACUGAAGAAAUGAAAAAGAUGGAAGGAAAAUCGUUGGCGAUUGUGCAACAUUUUUCCAGUAACUGGAAGAAAAGUUUAGAGGAAUUGAAUCGGGAGGUGCUGUUGUCGUUUCCGAACCUUCUUACCGGGUCGAGUUUAUUACAAUUAGCUUUGACGCAAUUAGUGCAAUAUUAUCAUAGGUUUCAUAAAUUAUUAACACCGAAUGUUAGGACUCAACUAACUAAUAUUCACCUCAUUAUGGUUGAAAUGAAAAAAUAUAAAACUAAUUACUAAUGUUAUUAGGUACUUACAUUAAUUCAUUGUGAUGUUUAGGGAAUUUGUUGUGUAUUUAUAUUGUCAUUUUUAAUGAUUUCGCACGUUGCAUAAUAAAUAAUUAACUCA